UGUCUAUAUAUAUAUAUAUGCUUAGUCUGGUGUUGGUGUAGCAGAUGAGAUUUCUGGGUGCUCUUUGAUUCUGCAUUUCUUUCUCCUCCUCUGCAGAGAGAGAGAGAGAGAGAGAGAGAGAGAGAUGAGAUACAUACGCACCGGCAGCCUGAAAAGGCUAUUUUCACUGAAAAGAAACAGUUUUGAUGAAGAAAUUGCAACCCCAAGAAGCUCUGAUUUCACCCCAGAAGACACUACUGCCUUCCCCCUAGCAGUUUCUCAUCCUAGGCCUACCUGGAAAUGCUUCUCCUAUCAACAAAUCUUCGAUGCAACAAAUGGUUUUAGCCCAGGAAAUAUGGUUGGCAAAGGAGGGUAUGCAGAGGUGUACAGAGGGGUGUUAGAAGAUGGGCAGACAAUUGCUGUGAAAUUGCUGACAAAAGAGGCAAAUGAUGAGAGGAAAGAAAAAGAAUUCUUGACAGAAAUUGGGGCAUUGGGUCAUGUUUGUCACCCUAAUGUCACUGCACUUCUUGGCUGCUGCAUUGAGAAUGGCCUUUACCUCAUUUUCCAGUUCUCUUCCAAAGGAUCUGUUGCCUCUCUUCUCCAUGAUGAAAAGUUGCCCACCAUGGAUUGGGAAACAAGAUACAAGAUUGCAGUUGGAGCUGCUAGAGGUCUGCAUUAUUUACACAAAACCUGUCCCCGAAGAAUUAUCCAUAGAGAUAUCAAAGCUUCAAAUAUUUUGUUAAGUGAAGAGUUUGAACCACAGAUUUCGGAUUUUGGACUGGCGAAAUGGCUUCCAUCACAAUGGACCCAUCAUUCUAUAGCUCCUAUAGAAGGGACAUUUGGACAUCUAGCGCCAGAGUAUUUCAUGCAUGGAGUGGUGGAUGAAAAGACAGAUGUUUUUGCAUUUGGAGUCUUUCUUUUAGAACUCAUCUCUGGGAGAAAACCUGUUGAUAGCUCUUAUCAAAGCCUACAUAGCUGGGCAAAACCUAUACUUUUGCAAGGUGAGAUAGAAGUGGUUAUAGAUCCAAGACUUAAUGGGAAGUUUGAUGUUAAACAACUUGACAAACUUGCCUUUGCCGCAUCUCUUUGCAUUCGUUCUUCUUCCAUUUGGCGUCCUACUAUCACUGAGGUAUUGGAGGUAAUCUUGAGGGGGGAGCUUGAUAAGGAAAAAUGGAAAAUGCCAAAAGAAGAAGAAGAGCAAGAAGAGUUUUGGGGGUUUGAAGAUCUUGAAUGUGAAUGUGAAUGCGAUAGCUCUUUCUCAACCUCUCCGCAAAAUACCUUCUCCGCAACCAUCUCAUAGUUAGCAAGAUUUAAAAUCUUAAAUACUCAACUUAUUGUAAAUAAUAUUAAAAAUGUAGUCCUUUAGUACGUAAAUUCAUCUUUUCUACGACAACAAUUAAAUUCAGAUAGCAAAAUUUAUGAAAAUUUUUAAAAUGUUACUAA